AUGUCCUCGUCAAGUGGCAACUCCGGGCCAGACAAGCCAUUUAUGUGCGGCAUCUGCGACUUCUCCACUGAAUCGGCACAAGAAUUUUCACAGCACCGAGAGACUCAUGGAGUCAAGCCUUUUAUUUGCAAAUACUGCAAUGAACGAUACGCAGAGGCUGACCACUUGGGACAGCAUCUCGAGACGCACGCUGAAGAGAGGCCUUUCGAGUGCGUAAAGUGCAACAGGAAUUUUGCAAACAUGGAAGAGUUUGAUGACCACAUGCUAGACCAUUCCGAGGGUUUGUUCGAAUGCCCGAUAUGCAAUGAGGAAUUUCCAGAUCAAGCCACCCGUGAGGACCAUGAUUGCGAGGGACUAUAUCCCAUCCGGCAGACGUGGCAGUGCGAGAACUGUGACAUGGAGUUCGAGGACGAAGACAGUCUGGAAGAACACAUGGAACAAUAUAUGGCCAGCUGGCGCACGUGCUUCAGAUGCGGGGCACAGUUCCCCGAUCGAGACAGCCUUGAAAGGCAUGACCAUGAGUGCUUGUACUAG